AUGGCGGCGCUGAAGGAGGCUCGGAGCUACGGGCUGUCGUGCGGGCGAGUGAGCGACGGCAGCAAGGUGUCUGUGUUCCAUGUGAAGCUCACUGACAGUGCCCUGAGGGCCUUCGAGAGCUACCGCGCCAACCAGGACUCUGUUUCACUGAGACCUUCAAUCCGAUUUCAAGGAAGUCAGGGGCACAUCUCCAUCCCCCAGCCUGACUGCCCCACGGAGCCGCGGACGUUCUCCUUCUACCUCUCCAACAUCGGCCGUGACAGCCCCCAGGGCAGCUUUGACUGCAUCCAGCAGUACGUCUCCAGCCAUGGGGAUGUCCACCUGGACUGCCUGGGCAGCAUCCAGGACAAAAUCACAGUGUGUGCCACCGACGACUCCUACCAGAAAGCACGGCAGAGCCUGGCACAGGCUGAGGAGGAGACACGAAGUCGAGGCGCCAUCGUCAUCAAGCCCGGAGGCCGUUACCUGGGCAAAAAGGUUCAGUUUCGGAAACCGGCCCCGGGGGCAGUGGAUGCUGUGCCCUCCCGGAAGCGGGCAACCCCCAUCAACCUGGCAAGCGCCAUCAAGAAGACCAGCGCUGGCAGCGUGAGCGGGGGCAGCGGGGUGUCUCAGAGGCCCUUCCGUGAUCGGGUGCUGCACCUCCUGGCGCUGAGACCCUACCGGAAGGCCGAGCUGCUGCUGAGGCUGCAGAAGGACGGCCUGGCCCAGGCGGACAAGGACGCACUGGACGGCCUCCUCCGGCAGGUAGCCAACGUGAAUGCCAAGGAUGGCACGUGCACGCUGAAGGACUGUGUGUACAAGGAUGUGCAGAAGGACUGGCCCGGCUACUCGGAGGGAGACCAGAAGUUGCUGAAGCGGAUGCUCAUCCGGAAGUUGUGCCAGCCACAGAGCUCAGGCGGCCUCCCUGGGGACCUUGCGGCCAACAGUCCUCCAGGCGAGCAUGGGAGCUCAGCCUCACCCCCUCAGAAACGGCCACAGCCUCCUGAUUUCAUCGACCCUCUGGCCAACAAGAAACCCAGGAUAUCGCACUUCACCCAGAGAGCUCAGCCUGCAGUCAACGGGAAACUGAGUGUGCCCCACGGCCGUGAGGCCCUGCUUCCCACCCCGGGCCCACUGGCUGGUACAGACGCCCACCUGCCCCCGCGGCUGGAGCCACCACGGGCCCACGACCCCCUGGCCGAUGUCAGCAACGACCUGGGCCACAGCGGCCGGGAUUGCGAGCGUGGGGAAGUGGCUGCCCCGGCACCUACUGAGUGCCUCAGCCUGCCCCUGCUGACGGACUGUGCCCAGCCCAGCAGGCCCCGUGGCACCUCCUUGCACGGCAAGUCCAAGAAGAAAUCUAAGAAGCACAAAGACAAGGAGAGGGCGGCUGAGGACAGGCACCGGCCCCGGCCGCCAGACCAGAUGUCGGGCCCCCUUGGAGCCCCACCAGUCGCCCCGGGUUUAAAUGGGACCUGCAGCAGCUCAAGUGUUCCCACGUCGACCUCGGAGACUCCCGACUACCUGCUAAAAUACGCCACUAUCUCCUCCUCGGAGCAGCGCCAGAGCUACAAAAACGACUUCAACGCUGAGUAUAGCGAGUACCGAGACCUGCACGCCCGCAUCGAGCAGAUCACGCGGCGCUUCACGCAGCUCGAUGCCCAGCUCCGGCAGCUCUCCCAGGGCUCCGAGGAGUACGAGACUACUCGUGGGCAGAUUUUACAGGAAUACCGAAAAAUCAAGAAGACCAACACCAACUACAGCCAGGAGAAGCACCGCUGCGAGUAUCUGCACAGCAAGCUGGCCCACAUCAAGAGGCUCAUCGCUGAGUACGACCAGCGGCAGCUGCAGGCCUGGCCUUAGCUCAAGGCCACAGGGCAGGAGGCCCCACCCAGCCAGCCAGGCCAGCUCACCUCACCGGGCUGACCGUUCUGGAUGGUGGGGGAGCUGGGGGCGAGGGGGAGCUGAAGAUGAGGAAAAAAGAGAUUUAUCUGAAAAAAUAAGCGUGAGGAAGACGCAUUCAUCUGAGCCAGGAACGCCGGCUUUCAGGGGAGUCCCUGCAGCCCUGGCGCCCGCAGGCCACACAGACCCAGGUGGGGUGUCCACCUCCCCCGGGGCCCCACACACCUCCUGAGCAGCCUCCCCACCCAGAUGGGCUCCCCAAGA